CUCUCUCGCUCAGAGCUCGACGCGCACAGGCACAACAGAUGGUCCAGGACCACGGGCUGCAGGAGCGCAAGAAAUUGGCUCGCAAGUAUUUUUAUACCUCCGAACUUCGCCGGAACGUCCAGUCUCAGCGGAAGUGGCGCGGGAAUUCUCCGUUGACAAAAAGAACAAACAAACUAACAAACAAACAAAAAAGUCGACUUUCCGACAGUCGCCGGAGCCCCGCAUUUAGAGGCGCAGUUUGCUGCCGAGGUCGGGCGUGGCCAUGCCAUUUGGCUGUUUAACGGUUGGGGAAAAGAAGGAAUACCACAAUCCUUCGGACGUGACGGAUAAAUAUGACCUGGGUCAGAUUGUCAAGUCGGAGGAGUUCUGUGAGAUCUUCAGGGCCAAGGACAAAGCCACCAUAAAAAUGUACACGUGUAAGAAAUUCCUGAAGAAAGACGGGAGGAAAGUCCGGAAGGCGGCCAAAAAUGAGAUCCUCAUCUUGAAGAUGGUGAAGCAUCCCAACAUCCUCCAGCUGGUUGACGUCUUCGAGACCAAGAAGGAGUACUUCCUCUUCCUGGAGCUCGCGACAGGAAGAGAGGUGUUUGACUGGAUCCUGGACCAGGGCUACUACUCGGAGCGGGACACCAGCAACGUGGUGCGGCAGGUCCUGGAGGCCGUGGCCUACCUGCACUCCCUGCACAUUGUCCACAGGAACCUGAAGUUGGAGAACUUGGUGUACUACAACCGUCUAAAGCACUCCAAAAUCGUCAUCAGCGACUUCCACCUGGCCAAGCUGGAGAACGGGCUGAUCAAAGACCCCUGCGGGACGCCAGAGUACCUGGCCCCUGAAGUGGUCGGCAGGCAGCGGUACGGCAGGCCUGUGGACUGCUGGGCCAUAGGUGUCAUCAUGUACAUACUUCUGUCGGGCAACCCUCCAUUCUACGACGAAAGCGACGACGACGAUUACGAAAACCACGACAAGAACCUGUUCCGAAAGAUCCUGGCGGGCGACUAUGAGUUCGACUCUCCGUACUGGGAUGAAAUCUCCGACUCAGCUAAGAACCUGGUUGCUCGUUUGAUGGAGGUGGAUCAAGACCAGAGGCUGACGGCCCAGGAGGCCAUAAACCAUGAAUGGAUCUCCGGUGGCGCAGCUUCAGAUAAGAACAUCAAGGAAAACGUGUGUGCGCAGAUAGAGAAGAACUUUGCCAGAGCUAAAUGGAAGAAAGCUGUGCGAGUCACCACCAUCAUGAAGAGACUGAGAGCGCCUGAGCAGAGCGAGUUGAAACCCGCCGUCCCGGCAGCAGCUGCUGACCCCACGGCCUCCGCCGACCCCUCAGCGCCUUCGCCUGCGGCCGGGCCCGACGGCGCUCCUGCUGCCGCCGGAGAGGAGAGGAGCCAACAGGCGCCGGCCCCGGCCGGGGAGCCGCAGCCGCAGCCGCAGGCGGCCGAGCCCACGUCACGCUGCAACGGCGAAGUGACCGCUGCGCUUCACAUGGCGGGCGAGGCGAUGGAUGAGCAGGGUUAAAGCCCCGCCCACCAACCCCCCCCACGGUACCGGCCCGGUGCGAACUCUCCUCCUGCACACUGUACAUUAGCUGCUAGCAUGGUGACACUGACUCUGCUUCUUCUUCACUUGCAGCAUUAGCAUCAUCUCAUGAAGGUUGUGUGCUGCCUUCCCUGACCGCUGCCUUUCUGUUUUUUCUAACCUGCGAAGCGCUUUCUUGUUAAAUAAUCAAAUGUGUCUCAAACUUGAGCUUUACAGAGUUCAACUGUCAAGCCGUUGGCUCACACCUAAAGCCUGCCAACACAAAUCGCAAUGAGAGUGUAAAUAAAUGAGUAACGUUGUACUAAAACGGAUUUUGAUUAGCGCUUAAUAAGCUGACAAGGGAGAAAUUGCAGAAAUGUUUCCCUGUAGGCCACCGUACUAACCAACAAAACACAGGGAGGAAGGUCUGGAAAAACAUUCAUACCCUCAAACUGUUCCAGAUCCUCAUCAUUACAAACUGCAGUGGAUUUUGUUUGAUAAAUCAGAGUGAAAUAAUACACAACUAAUACGACGGGAAGUCAUUAUGCCUUUCAAAAUAUCUACAUCGAAAAUCUGCAAAAGCUCAGUCAGACUGACCAGUGAGCAUCUGUUAACAUUAACUGGAUUCAACUUUGACUAGACCAUUCAGACACGCUUUGUUCUGAUCUCCUCUCUGUUGAGUGUCAUUUUUCUGCUCAAAGUUGAAUUGGACUCCAGUUUUAAGUCUUGCGUAGUCUGGACUUUGUAUGGAUGACGUAAUCUUUUCUGCUCCGUAAAAUUCCAAACAAAAUCCCAACUGGAUGAGUUUGUGUUUGUCUGGAGCUAAAUUGUGGCCAUAAAGUAGCUUUGAAAAAAAUAAUAAAUUGAAAUUGAUAGAUAACAAUAUUUAAUCUCAAAUGUUGUUUUGAACUUUUUGGCCAGUUUCAAAAUAAUUUUCCAUCUUCAAAAUGAUUUAGCGAGUUUCAAAAUCUUGAAUCUGGAAAGGCGUUUUGAAGACUUUUCAGUUUCAAAAUUUUUUUAUGUUCAAAAAUUUUUCAGCUUUCAAAUCAUUUUUUUUCAAGUUGGCGGGGAAGAAAACACAAAAAUCAAACAAACUUAAUGGUCACAAUUUAGCUCCGUAUGUUUCCAACCGGAGGAAAUGAUCAAAGGGUGUGAAUAUUUCUUCAUGGCAUAAUGUGUGUUUUCUUUCCAUGUGGGAAAUACUUGUACCUGUCCACUCCUUCAGGGUCUUGACUUUCUCUCACCGUCCACUGGGAGUUCUUGACUUACGCCCGGUUCUGCACCUUUGAACGAGGCAGCUUCACACGUAAGCACACAGACGCCAUGUUUCCUUUGCUCGGGAACGAAUCUCCUGGCUGUGAACUGUAAAGAGCCUGUACAUAGAGACCUUUGUAGAAGUAGCUAAAAACAGCAUGCGUCGUUUCCCACUUCGUAGAGAGAGCUACGUCGUCCACAGAGCGCGCCGGCUGCGGCACAUUCACCGCCCCCGUGUGGUCGCAGCAGGACCAGCACGGUUCUGAAUGCAUAGCGGUUCUUCUGCAUCGAAAUGAUCAAUACCUGUUUGUUUUCCUCAACGCGCCACAUCCCGACGCCUUCAAUCAGCCGAUGUCAGCCGUUUUUUCUCCGCUUGCCUCGUUGCUUUUACUUGAUCCUGACAUUUGUGUUCUGACGCUGAAUCGAAGGGAAAAAAAAAAGCCGCACAUGUCUUAAUAUUUGGCUGAAACUGUAAAAUAAUUUCUAAAAAAAGAAAAAAGGAAAAAAAGCAUUAACCAGGCGAAUGUGAGGGAAAGGGUUUUUUUUCCAUCCAGAUUUUUCUUUUUGUUACUCGUUUUCCUUCAUUGUUUUUUUUUUUUUUUUUAUUGACAGUCCUGGGAAAGAUGUGCAAAAAGCCUUAAAUAAAGAUACAUAAUUAGCAUUGUCGCAGCAUCUCGCAGACUCCCUGCAGCUCCAACCGGAUGGUGCGGAGCGUCUUUUCACAUUCAAAGAUCGGCACAGACAGACAGAGAUCUUCCUUCAGUAUGAUCUCUUCUUUUCACCCGACAGCAAUGUGAGGUGAGCUGUGAAGACUUUAUGUGUGUCGAACCACUUCUGGGUUUACCGAGCCACAUUUGAACACUUUGUCCUGCUGCACAUGAUCCACCUUUAGGCAUUUAGUGGAAGCCACCAGAUUUAUAUUUAACAUUUACUUUUAGAAAUGCCUCUAAUUCUCGAACAGGGAUCCUGGGAUGUUUCUUUCCACCUCUUUAACCACCAAUGAGUGAGACGCUUGUUAUUUUGUUAAAAACAAAACAUAGUGUAUUUAAAAAAGUAAAUAAAUACACACAAUUUUUUUCUCUCUCUCACCGUUUUCUUUGUUUCUUUCAAUUUUAUUUAUUCGUUAACUAUGUUGUUUGUCUUCCAUUUCUUUCUUUGUUUUAAUAAGAAAGAAGUUCAAUAAUUGUAGAUUUAUUUUUUUUUUCUUUCAAUUUAUUUAAUUAAUUUGUUUUCUAAUGUUUUUUUCCAUUUUUAUAUGAUUAUUUUCCCCUAAUUUUAUUUAUUUCCCAAUUGUUUUUUUAAAGACUCAUUUUAGUAACAUUUAUUUUUCUAUAGUUUUUUUUUGUUGUUUAGAUGUACUUAUUUAUUUUCUGACAUUUUUCUUUUUUCUUUUAUUGGUUUAUUUAUCUUCCAAUAUUUUUUUCUUUUAGUUUUUAUCAUUCAUUUAUUUUCUAAUGUGGGUUUUUUUUCCCUAUAACUUUGUCCAUGUGAUAUUUCAUCUUUACAACAGGCACCUAUUAACUUGCGAGGGACACUGUGUUCCAAUAAGAACCACGUUUUCUAGUCCAGUCGAGCAUUAAUAAUAUCGAGCAACAUGUCCAGAUCUCUGUGAUCAUAACACAAAGGGGAAAAAAAGGAGCAAUAUCUGACUGGCUGCACAAACUGUGAUUCUUUGUGUCCUUUUCGAUCCACGUGACCUUUAGCAGGAGUCUGUGAUCCUCCCCGACCGUCGGCGGCGUCACCGACACACACAGCCUCCGGCAUAAGGUUGUUGUCAGAUAAAUGUGCGUCCAUGUGUGUGUGUGGUGUGUGUGUGUGUGUGUGUGGGUGGCCUGUUCUGACACACACUGAAAAUGUUUUACCCCCCGUCGGCCACAGAAAGAGAGCAGCCUGUCAGUACAAUGAUCAGAUUCCUUCAUUUAUAUCUAAUAGGUGAUGUCACACACACGCACACACUCACACACACACGCAGUCACUUUGAUUGUUAAAAGUGUACAUACAUCUGAAUGUUGAUGAAAAUGUACAUUUUGAAUUAAACAGGCUACUGUUCUUAUUAUUAGCUUUAUAUAAUAGAUUCUCAAGUUACAGUUUAUUUAACAUCUUUUUUUUAUUUUAUUGAAUCUGAUUGGUCAUUAUGUCACCGCGUGUUUCAUUAUGUUAAUGCUUCCUUGCAAACAUAUUCAAACCCCGUGAACUUUUUCACUUUUUCUCACAUUAAACCAGAAUUUUUAUUGUGUUUUAUUAGACAUUGAGACAAUUGUUUUGUUUGGGGUUUUUUUUGUGGUCUGUGGUCCUCAAAGUCCCGAAGCUUCACUCAAACCCGACGGAUUUUCUAAGAACUAACUGCAGUACGUAAAUGUCACAAAAAAAUAUGCCACAACGUUAUGUACGUUAAGAGACGGACAGUGUUUGAAAAAGAAAAAAACGAAGCUCCUCCCCAGACAGAAACAUUCAGUCAGAGCCCGGAAGAAGGUCUGAGCGCUGUCAAUCAAGCUUGUGUACGUGCUAAUGCAGGAAAACUGUUAACCGUCAACAGAGACCACAAAAGCUAUGUUUGCUGUGACCUCCACAUAGCUUUUGAUGAAGGUGAACAAAUCUCCCCGAGAGGCGUUUGAAAUUCUUUACAGAUUCACAAAGUGUGGAGUCGAUGCUUUCCCACAACGUUCCUGUCAAAUGUUCAUCUUAUUGGCCAAAAUCAAAAACAAAAAGCGUGUGAAUAGCCAAUGAUGUCCGGCAUGUUAAUCUUACUGUAAAACAGCUCAGAAUUACUCUGAGUAAAACACAAAUUUGACCGUUUUAAUAUCUCUGAAGCUGCUUUUUAAAGCAGAUGAUGGAAUAUUUAUGAUUUAGCAGUAAAGCAAAAAUCACUGUAUUAAGAGAAAUUCAACUAUUUUUCUCUUGUUUUUUUUUCUGCUUGUUGUCUGGUGACUCGUUUCUGGUUUUCUUCUGGCGCGUCACACAUUUCAAAUAGGACGAUUUGUCUCUUUCUUCUUUCCACACUCAGUGUAACUUAAAGUCGUCUCAACCUUCCCACCUGAGCUGUGGACCUGUGCAGCUCCUCCAAAGUCACUAUCGGCGGCUUCUCUGGUUUUAACCCUGGGAGACUCGGGCGUAGAAAAACAUAGAAGAACCUUGAAAAUGGUUUUGCAGGAGCACUCUAGAGAUGACAAUGUGUUUCCUGAAGGUUUUCUGAUUUUGUGGACCUUGCCAGGCGAAACGUCUCCACAGUUUUCACUUCAAACAGCGUUCCAGUACAACUUCACAACUUUAUGUCGGUCUGACUCUUAAAAACCCAACAAUUCACAAUCUUAAGGUUGAAACGUGAGAAAAUCUGAAUAAGUUCCCAGGACGGAGGCGGGGAGGGGGGAUGAGUGGUGAAUAUGUUUGCCAGGUAAAUAAUCCCUCAGAGCCUGAAUCAGAAACUAUCAGAGAAAUAUUUCUGACGGCGUUGGAUGACGGUGAAACGUGUUUGAUGUGAAAUAAACACCGUUACACUCUGGAGCACUGCUUUCCCCUCCCCAACAUGUUUCUCCCCGUGUCUGUGUUCACGCUCCGACAGAUGUUACUGUUCACGUGGUGUUUCUGCCAGGAAUCGACCCGCCGCUCCCAUCCUGCAUAUUUAGUUAUUCUUUUUGUAAAGCUCUGUAAUGUACUCCUUGACUGACUUGAUGACUUUAACAGUAAUAAAAAUCGUCUCUUC